AUGGUUAAAGUUGCCGUGUGGAAUGUUAGAGGGCUCAAUUCCCUUAUUAAACAGAAAGAGGUAAGGAAUCUUAUUAGUAGCAAUAAUUUAAGUUUAUGUGCUGUUUUGGAGACUAGGGUUAGGGAGAAUAAUAUGGACGUGGUUAGGAAAAUUGUGUUCCGUAAUUGGGCUAUGGUUGAGAACUAUUGUUUUUGUGAAAGGGGGAGAAUUUGGGUGGGUUGGGUUGGAGAUAUUUUGCAUGUGCAGGCCACCCAAACUUCGGCUCAAGCAAUUCUUUGGGAAAAGAAGAGAGGUUCUAAUAAAUGGAAUUCGCAAUGUGAAGAGUUUAAUGACAUGUGUAAGGAAGCUGAUAUUGGUGAUCUUAAUACCAUUGGUUCAUUCUUCACUUGGAAUAACAGAGGAGAGCAUUGGAGCAGUAGGUUUCCCAACUCUUUUGCGUCCUUCCUUACUCCGGGCAUAUCAGACCAUUUUUUAAUGGUGGUUGAUAGUGGGCUGAACUUUCAAGGUAAGAAAUCCCCUUUCGAGUUUUUCAACUUUUGGGCAGAGCAUGAGGACUUCUUACCUAUCGUGGAGAGAGUAUGGAGUGUGGAGGUGGAGGGUAACCCCAUGUACAGGCUGGUCUCUAAGCUAAAAGCGUUGAAGGUUGAGCUUAAGAGACUAAAUAGAAAGGAGUUCUGGAACAUUUCGGAAAGAGUGAAAUUUGCAAGAGAUGAUCUGGCCCAAGUCCAAGAAAGGCUUGUUGUGGAUCCGGUUGAUGGUGCUCUUUUGCAAGAGGAGAAACUUAAGGUGGAAAAGAUGGUCAAGCUUUCAAAAGCCGAAGAAUCAUUAGCCAAGCAAAAGUCAGGGUAA